CCUGUUUCAAAAUGCUGGUGUGACAGAUGACCUCUCGUAAGAGACCGUCCUACAAAAGGAAAGCGGCUGUUCUGGCUGGUCUGGAAGCCCUUAAUUCAUUCAAGGUACCAAAAAAGCAGAAUAAUUUAUCACUUCUUGAAAAUGUGGACUUGAAUUCUGUCGAUUUUACCGAAGAAAUCUAUUCACAAAUCAAUCAAAGUUUUCGUUUUCCUCAACUUUCAUCCUAUUUUGAUGUGAAAGAAGCAUGGUUUAUUCAUAAUAAAACAUUAGAAGAUAUAUUUUCGCAAGCUCGUAAACGAUUUCAAAAAACUCCUUUGAACAAUAAUAUUUCCGGUGUAGAAUCAAGUUUAUGCACUGGUUUCUUAGUUGUUAAUAAUUGGAAUGAUGUUGAGAAAAUUGCCAGUGAUGGUCUCCUACCUGGCAAUGAUCCAGAUACUUGGCUUGGUCAACAAAAAUUAGGUAAGUGUGUGUGUGUGUGUUCA